AUGACUGAAGAAUCAAUGCUGCUAAAUACAAAACCACAGCCAGAACAACAACCGACAGCGCCAUCAGCACCAUACAUAAAACAAGAGAUCGCGCCAAACACCGACUCAACGAAAUCGUCAACUCAUGAAGAAGAUGAUAUUGACACCAUGCCAUUUGACGAAUUACAACAAUUGUAUCAUACUCUACAAGAUCGAUUCAAAACUGUCUCCUCCGAGCUAUCAAAGACUUAUGAAGAAGAACAAAAUCAACGAAAGACAUUGAGUUACUACCAACGUCGAAACCAAGCCAUAUUGAAUGUAUUGGAGUGUUUUGAAAACACCAGUACAUUAACAACUACCAACAACAACACUACAUCCACACCUCUGGACACAUUUGAUGCAGACAGGAUAAGGCGUAUCGUGGCCAAAGUACCUCGGUUGGCCAAAACGCUAUCUCCAUUGAUGCAACAACACCAACAACAAGAAGCUUCUCCCUCGAAUAUCCCCAUAUCUUCCAAUCUAUUACUCAAUGCGUACUUGAUUGAAAACGUCCCUGAUUUAAUUGACGACGAUUUGACCUCGAUAGAAAUAAACCCGCAAUCAAUUGAAAGUUGGUGUCGACGUAAUCAACACACAAUUGGCACCAGUUUAGUUACUGGUGCAAGUAAACCAGUGACUAUUAAAAUGUUGAAACGAUUGAAUGAGUAUAGUGGCGUUGAAUUUGAUUUGGGAGUUGAUGGGAAAUUGGUCGUGACUCCACAAGCUGCUAGUUCAUCAAGUAAGAAAAGGCGUAGAAAGUGA